CCCUGCGCGGCUCUACCAUGCUGUCCCGAGGGGAGCAGGAGGACGCAUGGGAGGAGGCACAUGGAAUUAUCUCCAUAUUCUCGCUCCUAUAGACCUGUCCGCGUUGAUAAUGGUUAUAUGACACAGCUCUGUGGCUAGUGCGGCUGACUGGCGCAAGUGUUCGUCGAGUCAAGCUGAAAAUAAGAGAUUUUGUGGUGAUAUUGUGGCGAGUGUCUGGAAUAUGGCGACGCAGACAGACAGUUGUAGUGGUCGUGGUGGAAAAGACAAAUCUGGGACGUCAUCCUGGGCUGGCAUUGUCGGCGGGGGGAAGAAUGACACCCCAGGGGAGGCCAGCAAGCCAGCCGCCGAGGAGAAACCGGUGAGUCAGGAGUGUGCCGAGGGUGCAGCUGUGACCAGGCCAUGUGAGGUCACCGCGCCGCCCGGGGAGGCCCUUGGCGCUGACUUGGACCCCGAGGAACUGUCCCAAUUCACCGAGAUUCGCAACAAGAAGGACCGGGCCAGGAGGAAGGAGGGCGCCCGCGGCGGGCGCAAGGGCGGGCGCGGCGGGCGGCGGGAGUACGCCGAGUGGGAGCCGCGGCAUGACAGGGGCGGCGAGGGCGUGCCCAGGGGCAGGGGUGGUAAGAAGCCUAGCAGGGAGCUGGCCCCGAAGCAGCUGAACGGGCCAGAGGGGGAGGAGGAGGCAGUGGAGGAAGGCGUGGCGGUGGCGGAGAUGGAGGUGGAGGAAAAGGUGCAUUACGUGCCCGCGCCCGCCCCGAGGGUCAACAUCUGGGAGAAGAGGCAGAACUCUCCAGCUGCCCCCGCCCUCGCCAAGGCUGGGGACACCCCUGCCCCUGCAGCACCAGCACCACCACUACCUGCAGCACUAGCACCAGCAGCAGCUCCAGCACAAGCACCAGUAGCUAGCAAGCGUGAUGAGAAGUCAACCCCAGUGGUGACAGUGAGUGUGACAGCUGCCGUGCCUCCUGCAUCACAAGCACCUCCACCUCCACCACCACCAGCACCACCAGCAGCCAUCACACUGCCUGCACCCACAGUGCCCCAAACACCAUCUGCUGCAGCCCAGGGUGUCAGUGGUGGUGAGGUGGUCGUGGAGAAGAAUCCUCAGCCACAGAACACCUCUGGCUCAAGUGUAGCUGAACCUAUGCCAGUUGAAUCAGCUCCCCAUGACAGUGUCAGUGACCCAACUCCAGCCCAGGCAGCACACACCAAUCCUGCAUCUCAUUCCACCAAUAAAGAGGGAAAGAAGAGCAACACAAAGGAUAAUGGUAUGAAUGACAACACAGACUGGCCAACUCUGGUGGAGGUCCAGCAGGCUCAGGAAGCUGUACAUUUACAGCAGACAUCAAAGACUGAAUGGCGGAAGAGUGAAGAGAGGAAAAUAAAGCAGGCUGACAAAGAAAUAGAGAAAUCUGAAGAUUCAGGGUCCCAUGACGAUGACUCCCUCAAGGAGAACCGAGAGGCGUCCGCCCCCCAGACUCUUAACAACAAGGUGCAGCAGACACACAACACCCUGUCAAGCAAAGCCAACAAGAAUAAAAAGAAUAAACUCAAAAAGCAGAACUGGAGAAGACUAGACAUUCCACCACCAAAGAGAGAGAAAGGAUUCCGGCGUGAAGGCCGAGGAUCUGACUCGGCCGAGUGGAGAGCUGACGCCAGGGCUGCCAAUGCCUUGAGGGGGCGCGCUGGGGGCCGGGGCAGCACACUGAGAGGCCGAGGCCGGGGCCGGGGGACAGGUCGGGGAGGCACUGCAGUGGGUGGCCUGAGGGGAGGCUUCAGGAGUCCCUCCACUGAGCCCUUUGAGAACUUCUCUGAGUAUUCUGAAAUUCCAGAUUAUGUUCUACAGGAUCCAAACCUGAUGCAGUUCUUUGUUCCUAACGUUGGAUUCAUCUUUCCUGAAUUUGUUCCUCAAGAUGAACUUGCAAUCAAAGAUAAAAUCAAGAAGCAAAUAGAAUAUUACUUCAGUGAAGAAAACUUAGCCAACGACAUCUUCAUGCGAAGGAAGAUGUCCAAAGAUGGCUUCAUUCCAGUUUCUCUUAUUGCUUCCUUCAAUCGAAUGAAGCAACUCACUCAAGAUGUCAAGCUUAUUGUUGAUGUCUGCAAGACUUCUGAGAAACUUGAAGUUAAAGAUGAGGUUUGGUUACGCACAAAGCAUGAACCAAGCAAGUGGCCAUUGGAAGAUGCUGCAGCUGGUGCGCUUCAAGCCCUUCUGACCUCUGCCUCAGGUGGCUCUGCUCCAUCCACUGUGGAUCCCCCAGUGCCAGAUACACCUCUCCCCUCCACAGCCCAUGACACACUCACUACCACCACCACUGGAUCUGUCUCUGUCUCUGCCACUUCUGAUAAUGCUUCCACUGUUACCAAUACCACUCCAGCAUCAAAUACUCUCAUCACCAUGCCCUCCACCCCCAGUGACACUCCAGCAGUGACCAAGACUCAGUCCACACCAAAAGAUUCUUCUUCAUCCAGUGAUCUUCCUUCAUCCUCAACAGCCAGUAGUCUUCCUUCAGCUGCCCCCAUUUCCACCUCACCAGCCACCAAUCCCACCAACACUGAAGUAGCCACAGCCACACAGAAGAAUCCCCUGAGGGAAGAUGUUGAAUCCUUACCCACCAAGCCCUCAGCAGUCAUGGACCCGGAGGUUCCAGAGUUCACACCUCUCCGGCGUGAGCUUGAUCCGGCGCAGCCUGAAUUCAUUCCAUCUGGAUCACAGAUUGAGACUGGAGAAAACACAAUACCUUCAGAUAACAAGAAGACUAUACCAAGGACUGAAAGUGACUGGACUGAGGUGAAGCGCAAAGGCCGCCUGAAGAAGGACUUGGAGAGCAAAGACAGGGAUCAGAAACAGUCAAGUGAGACUAAAGAUUCCCUCACCUUCAGUAAAGACACCAGAGAAGAAUUAGACUUCCAGUUUGAUGAAGAGCUUGAAGUAUUGCCAAAGACGGGAAGACAGCACGACUUUAGUGAAUGGUCUGACGAUGAAGAGAGUGAUUACGAAAUUAGUGAUCAAGAUGUGUACAAGUUGCUUAUCGUGACACAGUCUCCACCAUCUGCUGCGGGUGGCAUGGCAAACACCAGUGGCCCAGCAGCCAACACUUCCGCCACCACACGGCCCCCCAAGCAUGGAGGCUAUGACAGGACUGGUGACUGGACAAGUCGCACCAAGAUAACUCAAGAACUGGCAAAGGUCAUCAAUGAUGGACUCUAUUACUAUGAGCAAGACUUGUGGGAAGGCAAUGAGUGGUUCCCACAGUCAAGUGACAAGAGUGGAGGUGUGACCCAGCAGGUGACCGUCAUCAGCCAAGAGGUGAUGGACUCAUUGCAACCCCACCACCCACCUGUCCCUGCUAACCAAGAGGUCCCUCCCCCUCCCCCUCCCCUACACCUUCUGCAGGGAGCCAGGGAGCCGUAUGAAGAAAUUGUUCCUCCCACUCCAAAGACACCGAGGUCACGCAAGGCAGCUCGUUUCUUCCCAGUGGUGAAGGACAAGGCUAAUGUUGACCAGCGGACACCUCGCAAGAAGAAGACUCGCCACUCCCACAACCCACCAGUGGAGAGUCACGUGGGCUGGGUCAUGGACUCUCGGGAACACAAGCCACGCACAAACUCAAUCAGUGAAUUGAAUGCAAGUCCAAAUGAGAAUCAGCUCUCUAGCAGUUUUGGUAGCAGCUAUGGGUCCUAUGGAUCUCUUCCUGGUUCUUUGCCCACUUUCCAGCAUCCUUCACAUUCUCUGCUCAAGGAAAAUGGAUUCACACAGCAAGUUUAUCACAAGUACCGAGCCAGGUGUUUAAAAGAGCGCAAAAGACUUGGCAUUGGCCAAAGUGCAGAGAUGAACACUUUGUAUCGUUUUUGGUCUUUCUUCCUUCGACAACACUUCAACAGAAAAAUGUAUGAAGAGUUCAGAAGAUUGGCUAAUGAAGAUGCCAGAGUUGGAUACAGAUAUGGCUUGGAGUGCCUCUUCCGCUUCUACAGUUACGGCCUUGAGAAGCACUACAGAGAUGAAAUUUACAAUGACUUCCAGGAGGAAACAAUGCGAGAUAUGGACUAUGGGCAGCUUUAUGGAUUGGAAAAGUUUUGGGCAUUUCUUAAAUAUUAUAGAAAUAGCAAUAAUCUAAUUGUGCAAGACCGACUCAAGGAAAGAGUGUCAAAAUAUAAAAGCAUAGAGGAUUUUAGAGUUGAAAUGCCUGAAGAAUAUGAUGCAGCAAAAGAGGCCAGAAAAGCACGAUCACGCACAAUAUCAGAAAAUGAGAGUUCAGUGAUGGCAAGCCGCGACGACUACCAAAGAAGUGGCAGUGGUGGAGUGAGACGCAGAGAGCGCCGCGCCUCAGAAGGUGACAGGGAUCCCAGCGUGAAGGACUACCAUCCUCACCAGCACACCAGGGUCAGGAAUAGCUCAGGAGGACACAGCUUUUCAAGGGUCAGUGGAUCAAGAAGCAGAAAUGCAAGUGGGCAGACACACUGGCAGAGAAAUGAUGGGAGUGUGAAUUACAGGAAGCCCAAGCAAGUACAGCACAAGCCCAAUUUCACUUCAGCUAACAAAUGUCAAUCCCAGAUAAAAGCUACAGAUGGCAGCAAAGCAUUUAAUCAACCAAAGCAUAAACAUGAAGGUGCAGGAAAGAUGGAGGCCCCCAAAAACACAUCAAAAAGCAUUGCACCAGGCACCACUGAAUGUGGUGAGGCAGUGCCAGGUGACACAGGCCCCAUGGCCAUGUCCUCAAGCUCUACACAGACUCACGUGACACGGCCCAAGACAGACCCAGUUCCUGUUCCUCAUUCACCAAAAACAUCUAGUUAAAAAUUGAAGCUUUUCUUGAUUUCUUUUCCCCCACUGUAAGCCAAGUCAGUUUUGCCAAAGUGGAUAACAUGUGUAAAUGAAAGUGUGUAAAGGUGUGCUGGCAAAUUUUGCUGUUAUUGUCAGAGAAGUUUUAGGUAUGACUGUUUGAUUAGGAGUUUAUAUUACUUUGGUUUAGUACUUUGGUUUUACUAAUGUAUGCUUCAUAACAAGAAAACUUAUUUUUGUAUUUGUAGAAGGCAUAAAUUGUUAUAUUCCAGAUGUCUGUACCUUUGAAUUUUCCAGUGAAAUUCAGAAUGCUGCUCAUAUCUAUUGUUAGACAUGAUGACUUGAUACAACCUUGUGAUGUUGAGGAUAAUGAUAUGAUGAUGAUGAUGGUUAUAAUAAUAAUAAUAAUGAUGAUGUUUAUAAUGAUGAUGAUGACAGCUGCACCAGUGGUGAUACUAUUGCAGCUAGCCAUCAAAUUUGUAUUUAUUUAUUUUUUUUAUAUUUGCUGUGAAGUAUUUUAAAACUUAGAAUAGGGAGAGGGUUAUAUUUGUAAAUAUUGAAUAGUGUGCUCAUUAAAGAAUGAGCUAUAUCGACAAGGUUUAAUGAUUAAAUAGACUACAGAGGAUUUUAAGAGUGUUGCUUGCAAAUGUUUUCAAAGCAUGGCUGUCAUUCAUUAAGCUGAUGCAUAUAUUUAACUUUAAUGACAUGUUGGUGUGCUGGAAGUGUGAACUUAAAAUUUGCCUGAAAUAGUAAAUACCACUUUGUGAUGUUGGGAAACAGAAGAGAAAGGUAUGUGUACCCUUAGAGUGCAUCAAGGCUCAUCUUGCUGAAGAGUUUUGCCCUCCUUUCAUUGGUUCAAUGAAUAAUAUUCUCGCUGUUUUCAUGGAAAAAAUUACUAAAUUAUCUUGCUGUCAUUAUUUAUAUAUCUAAGAAUAUAGAUCCUUGGACAUGGCCAGUGGUCUGUGCCUUACUCAGUACCUCAGCCAAGCUCAGUUUUAAAAGCAAGCCUUACUGACCAACAUAAGAAGAACAUGACCUGCUCCAGUCUAUUACUGGAUACAUGCACUUUACCUUGCAUGUGCCAAUGUUUUGCCUUUCAGAUCAAUAAUGGUGAAGCUUCAUCCAACUCACUGAACAGAAGAGAUGUGACUAGAGUUGGUGCUCACUUUGUUAAUAUGUCUAUCUGAAAUUUAAAAGAGUGGAAUGUUUUCCAUAAUGUUUGGAGAGGUUGAUUAUUUCUUAGGUUUAUUUUUCUAAUGUGUGUAGACGUUAUAUGUCUAUAUAUAGCAGGUUUUCAUAUAGAUUUUAUUUGCCUUUUAUCUGCUGUGACUUUCACUAUAAUUAAAGCUUUUCAUCCCAUAGGUGUUCUUUUGGCCGUGGUAUUUUAUUGGGGAAUGUGCAUAUAGUUCUUCCCAAGUGUAUAUAGCUGUUUGGUAAGCAUAAAAUUUAAGGUAGCAAAUGAGGUUGCUAUGUAACUUCAGCUGUAAUGCUUGUGCUGGGGGGAGGGACCUCGGGCUUGAAUGAAUCAUUGUGCACCAUCUUUUCCAUAUACCUGGUUUGUAUGUGUGUAAAUUGUAAACAUAUAUAUAUUGAAUAUGUAUGUAUAAGUGAAAUAUUUGUGUUUGUGAUAUCCUUAUGGUGCCACUAUUUAAAGUAUAAAAAAAUUAUGGAUGUUUGGCUUUGUUCAGUUUAUUUUGGGAAGUUUCACAAAACAAAUUAUAAUGCUGCUAUAUUAUACAAGAUAUAAAGAAUGUAUGGGAAUAAUUGUUACUCUGAACUUGUUGACAUUAAUCAGACGCAGACACUUACCAGUUUUCCUUGUUUUACGAAGUGGUUGCAUGUAAUAAACAAGCUGCAUUUACUCUAUCUUGUGUUUCUGACUUAGAUUGGCAUACUUAGAAAAGUACAAAAAGCUUUUAAUAUAUGUUAUGUAUAAAUUUGCAGAUUGUGUCAUAUCAAAAAUGCAUUACAAUUACUUUUCAUUCUAAUAAAAAGGCUCAUGUAUGAUAAGGUUUAGGGAUAGCAUUUUGUUAUGUUUGGGUCAUGUUGUUUUCUCAUUUGAAUAUGCCAGGGUGAGUAUACAAUAUUUGCCAUUAUCACUUGUCUCAUAGCGUACUGAAGUAACGUAAGUCAAUUGUAAUUUCAUAAAAUAUAAAAAAAGACUUUAAAUACU